AUGAAAUGCUAUAAUCCAUCUGCGUUUGUUCCCAUGGCGGUUACAUUGGUAAUCGUCAUAGUUUAUCUGGGCAUCUUCAUACCUCUACUCAUUAUUCAUGAGACUGUACCUUCUGCUCCCGAAGAUCCCACUCUUUACAAUGGCCUCAAUCUUACGGAAGCAUGGCUCGACCUUCAAAGCUUGAGCGAUGGCUACCACCCUUUCAACAGUCGCAAAAAUGACGACGUUCGAAAUUGGCUAUUGAAAAGGAUUGAUGAGAUACUCGACCAUAAUCAUAUUGAAUAUACAACAGAAAAUGACACUGCCAGUACCUCGGACAUUGGACUUGAAACCAGUUUCGACGAGGACAUUGCUGAGUCGAUAUCAAGUCCUAGCAACUUCAAUGUCGACUCUGCAGAAUAUCAUGAGGAUCUGCGAAUACGUAAAGUAUCGCCUGCGGUUACAGUCUUCAACGAUUUACGUUCGAAUUAUUCCAGCAAUGCCCUUACAAGCAUUGGGGUCAAAGGCCGAAAGCUUGGGAUAAGCACCUACUUUGAAGGAAACAAUAUCAUAUGCUAUGUACGAGGGCGCGAUGACGAAGAGGGUGAAUGGUGGAAGACUGGAUCUGUUAAUUCCAAAGGGAAGACUCAUGGUAGAGGUGGUGUAAUGGUCAAUGCCCAUUUCGACAGUGUCUCGACGGGCUUUGGAGCUACAGAUGAUGGAGUAGGAGUCGUUACGGCCCUUCAACUGAUCCGCUAUUUUACAACACCGGAGAAUCGACCGCAGAAAGGCUUUGUCGCUCUAUUCAAUAAUGGUGAAGAGGAUGGGCUAUAUGGUGCGAAGGCAUUUUUGUCACACCCAAUGGCAAAAUUUGUGCAUACAUUCUUAAACUUGGAAGGAGCUGGAGCUGGUGGUCGAGCUACUUUGUUUCGAAGUACAGAUACUGAGGUUACCCGAGCUUACGCUCACGCAAAACAUCCUUUCGGGACCGUUGUUAGUUCGGACGGUUUCUCAUUAGGAUUUGUGAGGAGUGAGACUGAUUAUGUCAUAUUUCGAGCAGAGGGCUAUCGUGGACUAGACGUUGCAUUUUGGCGACCGAGAUCUCAGUAUCAUACUGAUCAAGAUGAUGCUAAACAUACCUCGAUAGACUCAUUAUGGCACAUGUUGUCUGCAUCUGUAGCUACCACUAGAUCUCUCGCAAGGGAUACGAGCAAUACCUUUGUGGGCCCACGAAAUGACGAUAAGGUUGGAAAGGUUAGCAAUGGAAAAGGAUCAGAUGGUGUUUGGUUCGAUAUAUUUGGCACCUUUUUUGCAGUGUUCGGAUUAAGAACUCUCUUCGCUUGGUCACUAACUCUUCUCAUUGCCGCCCCAUUGAUCCUCUUUGCCGUCUCGUAUCUCCUUAAUCGACAAGAUAAAUUUUACUUCUUUACUGGAUCUAUGAAGCCUAAGGAUCCAGAAAGCGAACCUAUUUUCCUUGGUGGAUGGCGUGGUGCCUUCCGCUUUCCUAUCACUCUUAUCAUUACCGGUGCUAUCACCUUUGCGUGCGGAUCCCUAAUUAACAAGAUCAAUCCUUUGAUUAUAUACUCUUCCCCAUACUCAGUAUGGAGUAUGUCUGCGACCCUAUUCUUUUCGGCAUUUUGGUUCAUCAUGGCUGGUUGCAAUUUCGUCAGACCUUCGGCACUUCAAAGAGGCUAUGCCUUUAUGUGGAUGUUUGUGUUCGGUUGGAUUCUUCUUGUAGCUGCUACAGUAUUCGAAGAUCGCUUUAAGAUAAGCGGUGGUUAUCUGUUUGUGUUCUACGAGGCUGCAAUAUUCCUUGCUACCUUGAUCGCUAUUGGCGAACAAUUUGCGUUACCUAGAAAAUCCUUGUUUGUCGAGCAGUCUCAAAAUGACCAUAGCAACAACCAAGACCACCACCAUCAAGCCGAGAUGGGUAACGAUGGAGCCAAUGGGGUUGAAGAAGCCGAUGAAGGCGAUGAAGCAGAAGAGGAGGAGGAAGACCCAGAGGAUACUGCGAACGAGACAAUAACCUCUCACGAAACGACUCCUCUCAUUGGAGGCGGAGCACCUAGUCAUCGCACUUCACUUAGCACCACCUUUGCCAAUCGAUAUCGUCAAGUCAUUCCUGAAUCAUAUGACGGGCCAGCUGAUCAUCAUCAUGAUAAAAAAGGUCACAAGAAACAUCCUUACGGAGGUGAACAGGAGUGGUCUGCCAAAUUACCUAUAUGGACUUGGCUGGUUCAAUUUCUCCUUAUUGGUCCAUUUAUACUAAUUGUUGUUGGACAAGUUGGUCUAUUCCUUGUAGCUGCUCUACACCAAACUGGAACCGAUGGCAGUCCUCUUCUCUUACCAUACCUGGUCGUCGCUGUAUUCUCCAUCCUAUUACUACUUCCAGUAACACCAUUCAUACACCGCCUCACACAUCAUAUACCAACGUUCUUCUUCUUGGUCUUUAUUGGCACUCUCAUUUACAAUCUCGUCGCUUUCCCCUUUUCGCCUAACAACCGCUACAAGGCUUAUUUUCAACAAACCGUUAAUCUCGACACUGGUCUCAAUAAAGUCACGCUCGUAGGAAUCGAAACUUAUAUCCGUGAGAUCAUCGCGCAAAUUCCGAGCGCGGCAGGCCAAACUAUAAAUUGUGAAGAGAAUUCUCGAGUUCGAUCAGGUCUUUCCUUCUGCUCCUAUGAAGGCCUACCUCCAAUGGUGAUAGAUGAUGUAGUUGAAGGUAUUCCACCCGAAAAAGGAUAUAGUGACUGGCUCACCUACAACGUCUCUCGCGUUCCUGGUGAAAACAAAGCGACAUUCCACAUUUCGGGCCAAGAAACUCGCGCAUGUAUUCUCCGCUUCGAUGAUCCCUUCUCGGAAUUUAACGUUCAUGGUGGAGCUAAAACGGAAGAGAGAUGGGAUGAUGUACCUGAUAGUGGAAGUGAUCAGAUUAAGCUAUGGCAUCGAGAUUGGAAUAAGGAAUGGGUGGUUGAUGUCGAAUGGGCAGUGGGUGAGGACAUGAAACGAGGAGAAGAGGGGAGAUCAGGGAGAGUUGUUUGUUUGUGGAGUGAUGCUAAUAAGAGGGGAGUUAUUCCUGCUCUGGACGAGGCGCAGAGAUUUAGUCCGGAUUGGACUAGUGUGGUCAAAUUGAUGGAUGGGUUGGUUGAGGGGAGUAAGAGGUUUGUUGUUUAG